CGGGGCCUAGGACCAUGCCCAAGCGCAGCAGGAAGGAGGAUGAGCAGGAAGCAGGGCCCCGCCCAGCCAAGGCCCCGCCCCGGGCGGAGCCCAGCCCCAGCCACGCCUAUGUCCCCCCCCCCCCCGCGGGAGGAGACCUCUGAUGGUCGCCGCUGGACCCUCAAAGUGGCCUCCUGGAACGUGGAUGGGCUCAGGGCCUGGGUGCGCAAAGGAGGCCUGGAGUGGGUGCAGGCCGAGGCCCCGGACGUGCUGUGCCUGCAGGAGACCAAGUGCGGGGCGGAGGCGGUGCCGGGGCCUGUGCAGGCCUUGCCGCACCUCCCCCACCAGUACUGGAGCAGCGCCCAGGGCAGGGCAGGCUACAGCGGGGUGGGGCUGCUGGCGCGCACCAGGCCCCUCAGCGUCACCUACGGCAUCGGCGACCCCGCCCACGACCAGGAGGGCAGGGUGAUCACGGCCGAGUUCCCCUCGCUGCGGGUGGUCUGCGCCUACGUGCCCAACGCGGGCCGGCGCCUGGCGCGCCUGGACUACCGCCUGGGCUGGGACCGCGCCUUCCGCGCCUACCUGAGCCGCCAGGCCCGCGCCGGGCCCUUGCUGCUCUGCGGCGACCUCAACGUGGCUCACCGCGAGCUCGACCUGCGCCACCCCAAGGCCAACCAGGCCUCGCCGGGCUUCAGCCCUCAGGAGAGGGAAGGCUUCGGCCUGCUGCUGGAUGAAGGCUUCCUGGACUCUUUCCGUUGCCUCUACCCGACCCUGCCCAACGCUUUCACCUUCUGGACUUACCUGGGCGGGGCCAGGGCUCGUAACGUGGGUUGGCGCCUGGACUACGCCCUCCUCUCCGGCCAGCUGGGCCCCGCCCUCUGCGACAGCAGGAUCCACCCCCAGGCCCUGGGCAGCGACCACUGCCCUGUCAGCGUCCUGCUGGCUGUCUAGGGAGGGGCAGGGGGAGGGAGGAGGAGGAGGAGGAGGAAGAGGGGAGGCCACACCCUGCCUCUAGGCUGGGGAGGAAACGCUACGGGGCUUGGCGUAGGCCCCAGGGGCCUGGAGAGGCCCUGUAGGUCCCCACGGGUCCCCCUAGAUCCCAGUAGAUCCCCACAGGUGCUUGUAGAUCCUUGGAGGACCUUGUUGGCCCCCAUAGAUCCUUGUAGAUCCCUGUAGAUCCCUAUAGAUCCUCGUAGAUCCCUGCAGGUCACUGUGGAUUCCCAUAGGUCCCUGCCAGUCCCUUUAGAUCCCUGUAGAUCUCCACCGGUCCCUGCAGAACGUUGUAGAUCUCCAUGGAUCUCCUUCGGUCCCCGUAGAUCCCUGUGGGUCCUCACCGAUCCCUGUAGAUCCCCACAGAUCACAGUAGAUCCCCAA